ACUUUCAUGAAAUAUUUAACGGCACAAACCAUUUAGAAAGUAAAUCUAAGUUUCUUUUUCUGAAGAAAGAAAAAUCAAAUUAUCAGAUUUUAGUUGGGCUUUAAACUUAAGUAUUGUUAAAGGCUUCAUUUUGAUAGUUAUCAUCACAAAAAUAGAUGGCUUUUUCUAAGAAAAUUUUAGUGUGCAUUUUUUUAACGUGUUUUAAAGAAUUAGUUUAUUCAUCUGAAGAGUUUUCGUAUUUCGAAGAUAAAGAUGCUUCAGCGUAUUUGCAAUCAAAUUAUAGCAUUACUAAAAAAACAAGAUUUUUAAUAUAUGACGUGAAUCCAGGAGAAGGAUUUAAUCUUCGUCGUGAUGUUUAUACUCGAGUUGCGAAUCUAGUUAAAUCCCUAAAUGAUAAAGGGCAGGACUGGGUUCUUGUAGUUCCUCCUUGGAUGCAUCUUUACCAUUGGAAGUCCAGAUAUAUUUCACAACACGGAGUUCCAUGGAGAGCAUUUUUUGAUCUUCCAAGUAUGAACCUCUAUGUGCCAGUGAUAGAAUUUACAGAUUUUACAAAAGUUACUGGGUCUAAAAAGAUUGAACAUAUUCUAUACCUUCAAAGACAUUCAGAUAACUUUAAAAAUGGUUUUAAGGAUCUUGCUGAAAUUGAAAGUUGUAAAGAACGUGAAAUGUAUCAUAAAGAUGGAAAGGGAAGAUAUCGUGGCUAUUUUUGGGAAAUAGAUGGUGUCUUUGCUGAAAAGCAUGACUGUUUAAGUGUGCAAGGUCAUACCACUGCUAUUGAAAAUAUUCUUAAAACCUUGAAAGCCAGAUCUUUUCUAAUUGAGCGUUUUGAAGCUUUGCUACAUGUUAAUUAUGGAUCUGUUGAAUUUUGGAAGCCAAGAAGAAGUCUUGUUUUUGCUAAGCAUUUACGUGUUCUUGGAGAUGAAUAUCGUCAAAAGUUUUUAAACUCAAAUGAUAAAGCAGACAAAACAGUUUACGCAGAAGAUUGGCGGGAUCAGCAUCCACAAGAGGGAUCAGCUUUAGGUGGCCCAUAUAUUGCUGUGCACAUGAGGCGUGGUGAUUUCUCUUACGCUAGAAAAGAAACAGUUCCAACUAUAGAACAAUAUGCUCAAAAUGCCGAAAAUAUGCUUAAAAAAUAUAAACUUAAAAAUAUUUAUCUUUCUACAGAUGCCACAGAUGAAGAGAUAGAAGAGUUUAAAUCUAAUGUGUUUGGUAAAGUUUUUAUUUACCCAAGACCUCGUGAGUUUAUAGAAAAAUACAAGGAUGGAGGUGUUGCCAUUAUAGAUCAAUGGAUUGCAGCACAUGCUAGGUAUUUUAUUGGAACAUGUUCAUCGACAUUUUCAUUCCGGAUUUAUGAAGAAAGAGACAUAUUAGGUUUCAGCGGCGAGACCACGCAUAAUUGCUUUUGUGCUAAAGGUGUCAGUGACGAUCGUUGUGAAAAACCGGGAUCUUGGAGAGUUAAAUUUUCAUAGAAAAAAAUAUAUUUUGAGGUGUUUAUAAGGAAUUUGAUUAGCUAAAAAAUUUUAAUGACAUUUAGAAAUUAAAAUCUAGGUGUAAUUUGACCUUAAUAUUUUUUGGGCUUUUUAUAUAUAAAUAUUUAUUUAUUUUAUGCACAUGUUUUUGGAAAGCACACGCGUAUUAUUUAAUGUUUUUAUUUGUAUAAAUUUUGUAUUUUUAAAAAAAACUCGUUUUAACUUCCUAACGAUGUUGUUAAAACUUUUUA